UUCGCUGCGCGCGCGUUGUUAUUUAAUUAAUGUGUACAAAAUUUUCGCUGUUCGUUAUAAUACUUCUCUUCAACGUAAUAAUACUUAAACCGGGCAAUUAGAAAAGCGUGAAACAGUGGAGAGUUGACAUAUGCGUUGUCGAUGGAAAAAGAUACUUAUCAAUUAUCACGAGACGGGACGCAGGAUAGGCGUUUCAAGAAUUUUCUGAGAGAGCGUAAGCUUUUCCGGGAGAUAGCGCGUAAUCUUGUGCGGCUUCGUUGAGGAAGACACUCGGAGAAAGACAAGAGGCUGAACAAAGACAGGAGGAAAACAAAAAGAGAAGAAGAGACGAUGACGAGCGAUUCUAUUCGUAUAUUGUUAUUGUAGCAUCAUGAUUAACGGACUGUGAUAUAACUUGUACAUAUCCGGCUUUAUUUUAUAUUUAAAAUCGUUGUCGACUCAGGGAGGGACCAUGGCAGACAAAAACAGUGAUAUUCAGAGUUCGGACAAGUCGUCCUUGGUCGAACCAACGAUUCUACCGAAAACGUUGUCAUCGAACAAAUUGGCCGAUGGCAAACUUCCGCUCCCAUUAAACAGUAAGAAUAGCGACCCUGAGGCCGGAGAAAAUGUGAACGGUAGCGUUGUCAAACAAGUGCUGGCAGCUAUCGUGGCCCAGCUCGGGACCAUUGGCACCGGUAUGACCUUCGGCUUCUCUGCCAUCGCGCUACCACAACUUCAGGAAGCGAACAGUACCAUUCCCAUCGAAGAGGGAUCCACAGAGGAAUCAUGGAUCGCUAGUAUGUCGUCUAUCGGAACUCCGAUCGGUUGCCUGAUUUCCGGUUACAUGAUGGACGUACUGGGUAGAAAACGAUCGCUAAUCAUCACAGAGAUCCCAGCACUGCUCGGCUGGAUUCUAAUCGCGUUCGCCACCGAUAUACGCAUGAUAUACGCCGGCCGAUUUUUCGUGGGUCUCGGCUCAGGCAUGGUAGGGGCCCCAGCACGAGUUUACACCGGAGAAGUGACACAGCCUCACUUACGAGGGAUGCUAACCGCCUUCGCGAGUAUCGGAGUGAGCACCGGCGUGAUGAUCGAAUACGCACUAGGAAGCGCAUUAGCAUGGAACACCUGCGCGGCCAUCAGCGGCAUUCUACCUCUCGCAGCUCUGCUGUUAAUGUUCCUUUACCCAGAAACACCGUCUUACCUCAUAUCCCGCAGCAGGCCGGAGAAAGCGCGGAAAGCGUUGAAACAAUUUCGUGGCAGCACGUACAACGUCAAUCAAGAAAUGGAAACGCUGAUCGAUUUCUCUAAUAAGAACAACAUCAAACAUUUAACCGGACUCCGCGAGAUAGUCAGGGCUCUAUUAAAGCCGAACGCCCUCAAACCAUUUACACUGCUAUUUCUGUACUUCUUGAUUUACCAGUGGUCCGGUACGAACGUGAUCACGUUCUAUGCCGUCGAGAUCUUCCACGACUCGGGUGCCACGUUGGACAAGUACUUAGCUGCAGUAAUCCUUGGAGUAGUCAGACUCGCCUCCACUAUAGUCGCUUGCAUUCUCUGUAGAAUAUGCGGCAGAAGACCACUGACUAUGGUCUCCUCCAUUGGCUGCGGAUUGUCAAUGCUGGGAUUAGGCGGCUAUAUGUGGCUGAAGACUUAUUGGACCGCGAACAGUUUGCCGAUAAUUGCAACCUGGUUCCCCGUUUUCUGCAUAUUCGCGUACACUAUAACGUGCACCCUCGGUUUUCUUGUUAUACCGUGGGUGAUGAUUGGUGAAGUUUAUCCAGUUCAAGUGCGAGGUAUCAUAGGCGGUUUGACUACGAUGGCGGCUCAUUCUUUUAUCUUUACUGUGGUGAAGACGUACCCGUUCUUGGUGCACGCGAUCACUCGGCAUGGUACUUUCAUUUUAUAUGGCGGGAUAUCUUUGUUUGGUACGAUUUACUUUUACCUCUGUCUUCCUGAGACAAAGGGUAAAACGUUACAGGAGAUUGAGGAUUAUUUCUCUGGUAGAAAAAACAAUUUGACGACAAAUAGCAUGGUUUUGAAGGUGGAGAAGGGCCAGGUAUUGCCUUGAAAUUAUACAGUCAAUAGGAUUAAUAUUCGGAGGGUCUUCCAUUUAAGCCAGCGAUUGCAAACAGUUAUGAUAUUGGUCUCGAUUCUUGAUAUAGUUAUUGAGAACCGAAAACAUGGCUGUACUGUUAUUAGAUAUAUCCAUCAUGACUUUUAUCGGUUUGGGUUUCGGUACUUCGGGAGCGACAACUAUUAUUUUCCGGUUCUGUAUUUUAGUUCUACCGAUAUUUAUACUUGAAGCAGUGAGUAUAAAUUGUGAUGUGAACAGAAAUUGGGACAUUUAUUAUACUCCUUACUUAAAACAACUAUAAUCGAAACGAAGAACGAAUUUGAAAGACGCAACCGAUUUAGUAUUGAUUCUGAAAAAUUGAAACUAAAACCGAUGUUAGUCGAUGUAUCUAACAACAAUUAUGACGUUUUUUCGGAUCUCCGUAACUAUAUUUCUGUCAAAACCGAUAUUUAAACUAGUUAAUUGUCAGAUGUCCUAUCACGGAAAUAUAUCGCUGAUGUAGCUACCAGUAUAGUAUCAAUUUUAAUGAACAUAUGUUUUUUACUGUGCCAUUUUACUUCGAUACCUUUGACGCUUCGCGUGUCCAUUUUCAAGUUAUUUAAUAAGGAGCUUAAGAGUUUUCGAAUAAUUUAAAUUGUUGCUAGUAGUUAAAAAAAUGAUCAUGUUUUAAGUUCUUAUAUAAUUACAAUGAACCUUAUGCAUAACUAAUUUUAUCGCAUAAUGAACAAUAAUUAAAGUCAGGAGAGACAGCGUAUUCGUCUUGCAGCAAGACACAGUAACGUUAUUCGAAGAUUUCGUAAAUCGACCGAAGUCAAUUCAAUCGUUUAAGACUUUAUCGACGUUUUGAUAAUUUUACUUCUGUACUUUUUUUUAAAUCGCGCAACGAUAUUUGUAUUUAUUAGUCGACUAAUUGUAAGUAAUCGUAAUUUAAAUCAGGUAUAUUUUUAUACAUCGAGAGGAUUGAACAUUUUCUCAUCGAAAAUUAUUAGAACACGGGUGCCUUGCGAACUUUUUACGCAUAAGAUAGAGGUGCUAUUUAUUGUUAGUAUUAUGAUACUUGUAUAUAUGUGAUGAACAGACGAAGUGCAACACACCGCGACUUAAGUGAUAUUUGUAAAAAAAUCAAGAACAUGGACAAUGAAUUUUAGCAAUGCAAAGAAUGUUCUAACAGAAAUUAAAUAUUUUUAACUCGUUCAUUAA